AAUAACAUGGGAGUUUCACGGGUUCACGGGGCUGGUGGAGACCGUCAUUAGUAGCGGUCAUUAGUCAUUAGGAAGAGCAAUAGUCUCAAAUUUGAGUAUAGAGGGUAGUUGUAAUGCUUCCGCGUCGUAAUGUCAGUCAUGCUGCCCGCCAAUAACAUUGAGUUGCCAAGGGUUGGAAUCAGUUUUUGCUGUUAAGUGUGGUGUAUCGACGCGAAUUGUGGUCGUGGAAGUGGAAUGCGUGGCUGACAGUUUGUCGUAUUCCGAAGCAGACGCUUGUUUACGAGCACUUCAAAAUUGUAUUUUCUAGCACUUGAAUGCUGAAUGUAAUGAUGUGAAUAGGUUGAGAUGACCCCAGAGCACUAGUGAGGCUGGAAGGAUUAGGUCAAAUGAAAAAAAUCCAGUGACCUCAUCGGGACUUGAACCCGCGACCUUCUGGCAGAUACUUUGGAAACACUGGUAACUUGCAGACCACAUGACGUCACAUCAUAGAUGAGCGAUUCCGAAGAGUUUUAUGAAUUUGCUGCACUGAAGCUGACAAAAUCUAUUUGUUCAGAGGAGAAAAAAAUAGUACUUGAUCCAGCAGUCACCCUUGCACAGCGGCAGAAAGAUGCUGAACUGGACAUUAAAAUUGCAGAGCUAACCAAGGAUACAGAAUCUUUAUCAUUUAAACAUGUAAGCAGUGGUGAUUCAUCCAUUGAAGCUUUUGUUCAGAAGCUGCACCAACCUUCAGUACAGGAAAUUAAAAGCAGUCAUCCUUGUCGAACUACAUUUGUACCCAAAGAGUUCAGCUGUUUAUUCAGUCAAGAUUCCUUGAACAUUAAAGACUUUCAGCUCCCCCAUGGACCUUUCACACAGACUCUGCAUCAGAUGAGUGGUCCUGAACUCCAUGAAUGCAUCUGCAGAUAUGAAUUGAAGCUUCCAUCCCUGUCAGAUGAAGUUCUUCAUCCAUUGUGUCAGUUCUUGUUUUUGUUAAUGUCAGUGCAUAGAGAUGAGAGAACUGUUCAUGCCUGUGCAGUAACCUUGUACUGCAUUAAGGGGGACUGGUACCCCAGUUUUGACAUCAUCUUAAUCAUCUUCAUAAAUUGGGGAAUAAGUUCAGAAUUCCUGGAUGUAUAUAGUAUAGGAAAGAAUGGAAAUUUUCCUUUGAAGUUAACAAAAAAGCUGGUAUCAAAUCUAAGAGUCCCAGACAACAAUGUUGAAAAGGUUUUGGAAUUUAUUCAUUCUGUAGCUCCAUCACUUUCUAAAAACGGUCCAGAAGACAAGUUUAACAAGCUCAUGCAAGUUCUGGUACUAUCAGCUCUUGAUGAAGGAUUCAGAUCACCUGUGCUGCAGUCCUGUUACUCACGUUGCAUUGGAGUGCUAUUAAAUGCCAUUCCAGAAAGUCAGUGGAAUGAAAACAGAGUAAGUGAAUGUACUUAAUAAGAAGUACAGUUA